AUGUCCAACAACGAAGAAAAGCCUCGGGUUGUCCCUGAAGAGGACGAUGAGCCUGAUGACUGGGACAAGCGCAUCUUUAGCACUGGCUGCCAUGCUGAGCAAGAUAAGAUGAAUGAUUGUUACUAUGUCAAGAAGGAUUGGCGAGCUUGCAAAGACGUGCUUGAUCUCCAACGGCUCAAGCACAAAUUCCAACCACCACGAUGUCUGCUCUUCGCUGUCGCCCCUGGCGCGCACUGGAAACACUCCAGCAAGCAACAACAAUCACUCAACUCCCUCGCAGCCGAGUCCCCCUGCUUAGCACCCGCAGCAUCGGCACAAGCACCUCCCGAUACCAGAACAACGCAACAGCCUCAUCACCAGCAUCCAAACCAACAACCCCAGCAACAUCAUCUCCCCGAACUGCUCCUCCUCAAUCCGCAUCCCCAUCAUCCUCUACCCCUCAAAGCCGCGUCUCAGCACCAACCCCCCAGUCGCCCUACAACAGAUAAUAUCUCCAAGAGUGGCCUGGCAGAUAAACCCCUGGAGCUAAACACUGCUCCCGAGGAGAAAAUUGACUGGACGCGCUCAUUUCACGGACUCUCCGCCGAGCCCUUCUCCAAGGAAGCAGCUGAUAUCCUACUCGCCGAGAUCGAUGCGCAUGAGGUAGAGAUUAAGCCCGAUGGAAUCGUUUACCUACCUGAGAUCAAGUACAGACGUGUUCUGAAUAAGGCAUUUGGACCUGGUGGAUGGGGACUCGCUCCUAGGGGUGAGAGUAUUGUUACUCCGAAGACGGUGACGAGGGAGUAUGCGCUUGUUUGUCAUGGACGACUUGUCUCCGUUGCUCGGGGUGAACAGGAUUAUUUCUCGCCUGAUGGAAUUCCUACCGCUACCGAGGGAUGUCGCUCUAAUGCUCUUGUACGCUGCUGUAAGGAUCUGGGUAUUGCUAGUGAGUUGUGGGAUCCACGAUGGAUUCGCAAGUACAAGGCUCAAUAUACGCGAGAGGUUUUCGUGGAGCAUGUUGUUAAUAAGCGAAAGUCGAAGAUUUGGGUGCGAAAGGAUGAUACCGUUGGAUAUCCUUGGAAGGAGAGCAAAUAG